CUUAGAAAAAUUGUCGACAUAAUUUAGUUGGCUUGUCAGGCAGUACAAUGAAAAGUUUGGGUAUUUUGGUGUUGGCUGGACUCUUGGGUUUGGCUGUGGCUCAACCUUCGGGCCGUAUUGUUGGUGGUCUCGAUGCCUAUGAGGGUCAAUUUCCCCAUCAAAUUUCCCUGAGACGCAGUGGUUCCCACACCUGUGGUGGUUCGAUUAUAAGCAGAAAUUACAUUCUUACUGCCGCCCAUUGUGUUGUCUACGAGGAUGAAGAGGGGGCCUAUCAUGCCCUUGAUGCCUCUCUGUACACAAUUCGUGCGGGUUCCGUCAACCGCCUCAUGGGAGGUGUGGUCAAACAGGUCGUUCAAAUCACUGUCCAUGAAGACUAUGGCAAUUUCAUCAAUGAUGUGGCCCUGCUGAAACUCGAAAGUCCCUUGAUUUUCUCCAACAACAUUGCUCCCAUUCCCUUGGCCUCUGCAGAAACUCCUGUUGGCAGUCCCAUUGGCAUCUCCGGCUGGGGUCGUUUGAAGACCGGCGGCGAUAUCCCUGUCAAGCUACAAUACAACACCCUCGAAUCGAUUUCCAAAUUGAAAUGUUUCACCUCGAUUUUCAUGUCUUCGGAUGCCCUCAUCUGUUUGGCCCACACCUCGGGUAAUGGUGCCUGCAAUGGUGAUUCCGGUGGUCCAGCCACCUAUAAUGGUGAGCUGGUGGGUGUAGCUGGCUUCGUUGUAAGCGGUUGUGGUACCUCAAAUCCGGAUGGUUAUGCCAAAGUCUUCUAUCACGUUGAAUGGAUUAAGAAACAUUCCGAUUUAUAGGAAGUGGUUGUAAAUAAUGGCGUAUCAAUGAUUAGAUGCGGUUUUUGCCAUAAUAUAGUAAAUCAUUUGUUUAUGUU